CCCCUCCAAGAAGCAAACCUGUACGGACGAUUUGGCGUUUAGUCCAUCAAAAUGACAUACUGAGCAUUAAACCAAUGUGAAUCGCCAGCAUUCGAAUGAGGUUUCCACCCAGCUCUGCUAUCUAGCUACCUUUUUCCUUCUGAUUUUGAUGCCAAUGUUGCUGUAGGUUGCUUCAUCUAACUCGGAACGCGUAAUUUUAGGCAUGCCGCUGGCUCGGAGCAUGUCCAUCACGUCCCUGUCGGGGAUGGAGGAGUGGGAUGAAGAGUUUGACCUGGAGGAUGCCGUCCUCUUUGAGAUCGCAUGGGAGGUGGCCAACAAAGUUGGUGGGAUUUACACAGUGAUCCAGACCAAGGCCCGUCUUACAGUGGAAGAAUGGGGCGAGAACUACUUCUUGGUCGGCCCGUAUGUAGAGAGCAAUGUCCGCACCCAGGUGGAGCUGAUCGAGCCCACCAACCCUGCCCUCAAGAGGACCAUAGACAAGAUGAAUUCCAGCGGCUGUAAGGUUUACUUCGGCCGUUGGCUGAUUGAAGGCAGCCCGUAUGUGGUGCUGAUUGAUGUGGCGUUCACCGCCUGGAGCCUGGACAAGUGGAAGACGGAGCUUUGGAACAACUUCUCCAUCGGGGUGCCGUGGUUUGACCGAGAGGCCAACGACGCCGUCCUCUUCGGUUUCCUCACCGCCUGGCUACUGGGAGAGUUUGCGGCGCAGUGUGAGGAGCCUCCUCAUAUUCUGGCCCACUUCCACGAGUGGCUGGCAGGCCUGGGCUUGGCGCUGUGCCGUCAGAGACUGUUGCCCGUGGCAACCAUCUUCACCACCCAUGCCACGUUGCUCGGACGAUACCUGUGUGCCGGCAGUGUGGACUUCUACAACAACCUGGCCAAUUUCAACGUAGACAAGGAGGCGGGAGACAGACAGAUCUACCAUCGGUAUUGUUUGGAACGGACGGCGGCGCGCUGCGCUCAUGUCUUCACCACUGUCUCCCAGAUCACAGCGGUUGAGGCCGAGCACCUACUCAAGAGGAAACCAGACAUCAUAACCCCUAACGGGCUGAACGUGAAGAAGUUCUCAGCCAUGCACGAGUUUCAGAACCUGCACGCUCAGAGCAAGAACCGUAUCCAGGAGUUUGUCCGAGGCCACUUUUACGGGCACCUGGACUUUAACCUGGACAAAUGUCUGUUCUUGUUUAUCGCCGGGAGGUACGAGUUCAGCAACAAAGGGGCCGAUAUCUUCCUGGAGGCUUUGGCCCGACUUAACUAUCUUCUGAGAGUCAACCACAGCGAUGUGACGGUCGUGGCUUUCUUCAUCAUGCCUGCCCGCACAAACAACUUCAACGUGGAGACUUUGAAAGGCCAAGCAGUCCGGAAGCAGCUCUGGGAUACAGCGCACACUGUGAAAGAACGCUUCGGGAAGAAACUGUACGAAUCACUGCUGAUUGGCCAGUUGCCGGAUGUGUCCAAGAUGCUGGACAAGGAGGACUUCACCAUGAUGAAGCGUGCCAUCUUCGCCACCCAGAGGCAGUGCCAGCCACCCAUCUGCACCCACAACAUGCUGGAGGACAGCACCGACCCCAUCCUCACCUGCAUCCGCCGCAUCGGCCUGUUCAACAGCUCCGCCGACCGCGUCAAGGUGAUCUUCCACCCAGAGUUCCUGUCUUCCACCUCUCCCCUCCUGCCCAUGGACUAUGAGGAGUUUGUACGAGGCUGCCAUCUUGGAGUGUUCCCCUCUUACUACGAGCCCUGGGGGUACACACCAGCGGAGUGCACUGUCAUGGGAAUCCCCUCCAUCUCCACUAACCUCUCAGGUUUCGGGUGCUUCAUGGAGGAACACAUAGCUGACCCCUCGGCAUACGGGAUAUACAUCCUGGACAGGCGGUACCGGGGCGUGGAUGAGUCCUGUAACCAGCUCACGUCGUACCUGUUCCAGUUUUGCCAGCAGAGCAGGCGUGCCCGGAUCAUCCAGCGGAACCGCACCGAGCGCCUGAGUGACCUCUUGGACUGGAGAUAUCUGGGCAGGUAUUACAUAUCUGCUCGCCACAUGGCCCUGGCUAAGGCCUUCCCGGAUACCUUCUUCUACCAGCCGCAUGAUUCUGAAACCGCCCAAGGCUUCCGUUACCCUAGACCGGCGUCAGUGCCCCCGUCCCCGGCGCUGUCACGCCACUCCUCCCCGCACCACAGCGAGGCGGAAGACGAAGACGACCGUUACGACGAAGACGAAGAGGCGGAGAAAGACCGCCUGAAUAUCCGUCAGCCUUUAGCCCUGCCUACCAAAAAGGGCCCAUUGCCUUACCCCCUUCCAGCCACCGCUGCCAAUGGAAACGGUGAUAGAGCCAUAAAAAGCGAGAAAAACUGAGCCUUCAGGGAGAAACAAUGCACAUACGCAAAUAUGCCGAAAUCCACCAGUAGAACUGUUACACGGCAUGCAUAUACGCCUCUCCACAUUAUAUAGACCCCUUAAUGGAAAACAUGUUUCAGCAUUAUAAAUCCCUUGUGGUUUCCAGCACCCCGGAGUCUUCCAAACGUAUACUUACCUUAGCCUCUGUGUGCAAUCUGUAUUAAGAUGGAGGAAAUGAGGAAAAGGGGGAAAAAGCACUGAGAUGACAACGGGGGUGACUUGAGUUGCAUUUAUUCAGGAAGCCUUAUUCUGUUUCUGCUUUCUGGUCUUUUGACCAAUCGGUGGAGUCUUCUUCAAUACCGGCCAUUUUAGGAAGUGAUCAGUUUGGUCGAAAAGACAGAUUAGUGGGAAAAGAUCUGUUUCGGGCUCCUGGUUUAAAGGCAGUCUAGGAGUACGUUGAAGCAACACCUCUGGCUAUUGGUCUAGAAAUGCAUUCAAACCAGGCAACUGUAAACGUGGGGACUGACAUUGGACCUGACUACAGUUGAUAGAACCAUGGGAUUAACCAGUGGUAUCCUACUUUAAGGAAGCAAACUAGGGCUAACUAGACAUGCUAACUCGGUCACACAACUUAAUCAACCCCAAGUAGCACUUUUCCUGUUCAGACACUGUAUUAGUUACUGCAACCCAAACACCAGCACCGCUUCCCUGGGUUAGGAAACAGACAAACAACGCAUUUUGAGCUGUGUCCGUAGAGUUAGAGGACUCUAUGAAAAUAAUCUGUUUCAGAAGAGCCCUCAAUUAAACUCUGGCCAGGCUCCAGAACUUCCUGCUGAAGAGUCCUGCUCAAACUGAUUUAUUUGUUCAGCAUUUAUUUUUGUUCUCAGCACCUCGUGAUUUAUUCAAACCGGUUUUCCUGUGUGUGGAAACUGUUGAUUGGAAAACAUUUAACCUUUCUGUCAGUUAGCCUGUGUUUGUGUGGUUGAGUGUUUUAUUUGUGUGUGUUUGUCAAUAUUUAUGUGAUGAGUAGACGGUUAGCUACACUGAAUAUGCCUGCACUUAUGGAGGUUUUGGUAAAAGGGAAGAAAUCCGGAAAAGGCAGUCAUGUUUUUGGAAGGCAGACUGGAGAAGGAAUUUAAGGGGAAACUAAAGGUUAUGGCCUUGUCCCAUUCAAAGCUGUGCACAGCCUGAAAACCAGGGAGGAGUCACAUGUUGUUGUUAAUACACGAGGAAUAAAGUAUAUAUGUAUUACUAAUGAAACACAA